AGAUGGUUUGCUACGUGUAUACGCUACGAUACGGUGGGGGGAGAGUGGGGGGUCUACUAGACUGGCGUAUUCUAUGGGCGGGGCUUUAGCCAGCUGGCAGAUGUUUCCCGCGCGGCCGCGUUACUCCUCUAGCGUAAACCUACGCGACGCAAAGUAGUCCCCGGUCGCGCGGCCGAAUAUCUUCCGCCAUAGCCGAGCGGUUGCACGGACGAGUUCGCGUACGGGUUUCGAGUGAUACGACGAGCGAUCCACGACGAUACCGACCGCGAAAAGAGCCGGAAUCAUAAGUCGAUCGCGAAGAUGAGCUGACGAGGGAUUGGUCCGACUGAGAGUCACCGCUCAGGGCAGUGCGAGGCGCGCGUCACCCUUGGUCGCGUCGAGUCGUCUCGACUGUACCGCGCGAGUUGCGCUCCGGGACGCGACUUUCAAGUGUCUCCCGCGAGCUGAAUUCAACGUGAGUAUCGCCGUGGCACACGCUACGGACGUACACGUCCGCACGACGUAACGUGCGUACUCUUGCCACGAACUUGUCGCACGCGGCCAUCGUCGACGAGUAGACGCGAGCAGAGGAUCUACUUGCCGCGCGCGUCGCGCGAUGUUUCUACCGGCGCACGUGAACAGAACGACACGGGGAGCAUCGCUCCGCAUUCACCCGUCCUAACCGUCUGGAGUCCCGGGGAACCAACAGUCGCCCGAAAUCCAGUGAGUAAGCGUGAGACUUGACACAUUCUCGCGAUAUCGGGCUAUCCUCGUGUUCGUGCGACUUUCUACCGUGAGUGCCCGACAUUACCGGAAUUCCCUCGUAAGUGACAUUUGGCGAGGAGACACGCGUCGUUUGUGAUUACGAUCAGCCAAACAGUCGGUUGGGUUUGAAGAAAAAGAAAAAGUGUCGUGACUCUGGAGAGAGGGAGGGGACCCAGCUGAGCGCCCAGACUCGGAAUCACAUAGCGACGCUCCUGACGCCGGCGGCGGAGUAAUCCAUUGCGCGUCGUGGGGGCCCUCAGCUGUUUCCCGCCAAAGAUCGCCAUUACAAAACGCGUUCGGGCGUUGUGUGUGCGCGCCGCGCGGAGCGUGUGACUGUCUCGUGGACGAGUCUCGAGUGCGUGCCACCGGCGUCGGUCGAGGCGAGAAAAAGCGGGCAUUGUCGCGAGACACGGCGCUAGCCGGGGAAGGUGGUGAAUCGCGACGCGAGUGUACCACCGUAUACGCAUAUUACACCGGAACGUGCGUUUGCUAAAACGCGCGUUGUUUGUCCCCCCUCCCCCUCCCUCCGCCCCGGUGGAGUGCGCGGUCGGGCGAGCGAGCAAACGAACGAACCAACGGCGAGAAAGAGUGAGAGCGACAGGGAGAAGAUACACAGAGACAGGCAACGAAGCCGCCCGUCGUCUUCUUGCAACCCCGCAACGACGGCUGUGUCGGGGACGUGAAAUUCGCUCGACGGGACUCUGGGACGUGCCGCGGACCAACGAGAUAUGUCAGUGUUUGGUGGUGACGAUCGGAUUUUGCUCGAGGAAAUCGUCGAGGUGACUGAGCAGCCGGAGGCUGAACUGUGCGGAAGCGUUGAGACAGCUGAAGACGGCUCGGUGACCACCACGGUGACAGUCGCCGCGGUCGUAGACACAGUGGAGCAACCGCAGCAGCAACAGCAAUCCAAGAGUAACGUCGGUGCCAGUCGACGGGUUGCUAGUCAGAACGUUGCGCUGAGCAACGGCAACGGUAUCAAUAACAACAUCGGUCGUCUCACACCGCGCAGCCACAUGGAGCAAGAGAAGCGAAUGCGGCGAGAAAUCGCCAACAGCAACGAACGACGUCGUAUGCAAAGCAUCAAUGCCGGAUUCCAGUCGCUGAGAUCGCUGCUGCCGCAUCACGAGGGCGAGAAACUGUCUAAGGUACGUGCGAGAAUCGUCCCGCUGUCGUGCACUAGUCGGCCUUGUACCGCGGCGAUACUCCAACAGACUGCCGAGUACAUUUAUCAGUUGGAGCAGGAGAAGACUCAACUGCUAUCGCAAAAUUGUCACCUGAAGCGCUUGGUGAAUCAGCACGAGGGCGGCGAUUUGCCGAAGAAGCGCAAAUCCGACACUCAAGGUGUCGUCGUCAAUCUACCGAUGCAUGUCAACGAAAGCGGCGACGAGGGCUUAGGCAGCAUGUCCCCCGAGCCGUUGUCGGUAAUCGCGGUGACCACUGAGGGACAUUCCGUCGUGAACAGUGAGGUGUCAGAACUCAGACGACAAUUGGACAGGGAGCGUCACGCGAGACUGCAUUUAGAGAAGGAGAUGAGAGAGAUCCAGAACCAGCUGUACCCAGAGAGAUUCCGAGACAAUCAGCUGUUGACUUAUCAGACGCAUGAGCAGGUGAUCGACCACACGGACAACGUCAUGGCACAGGAGACGGAAGAAGCUGUGGCGUCGCUCCAGGUGGUGUCAGUCAUGUCUCUGCCGCCGGUGGGCUCUACUCAAACCGUGGAGACCUCCAGCCCGGACCCGAGUUCACCGCCUUUGUCGCCGCAACCGACCGACCUGGUCGCGGACGAGGAGAUAAAAGACGAGGAGUCGCGCCCAGGCAGCCCGAAGAUCGUCACCUUCGCUCAGAAUCCGGUAUUCACAGCGAUGGAGGAACAGACUACCGCCGACUCCUUCUCGUCGUCAAGUCGCGUCACGUACGCGUCGUCUAACGCGGACUUCAAGAACGCCUCGCCUCAGUACAUCACCGCGAGCCCUAGCAGGUCCUUCUCGCCGACUGGCGCGGAGCCCCCUCAACGAUUAUCCAGCGUCUUGGAGGCGGCUAUGAAGGCUGAGCCUAAAGUCGAGGUGGAGAGGUUGCCGUCUCCAUCGAAUUCUCUGGAGGACGGUACGCCGCAGGCAGCGAGGCUAUACAUCGCGAAUACAUCUCGACAGAAUCUGGAGACGAUUGUCGAAGCGAUACGUCAUUUGGAAGGCGAUCAUCUCUUCAGCGAUGAGCCCGCACAAGACGUGCCGUUGGCGCUGACCAACAAGCAAACGUUGUCGAAGUCGUCGGCCAAGACCGCGACUGCGACAUCGUCCUCCUCCGUCGUCGCCGUCGCCUCCUCGUCGUCGCCUUCGUCGUCGCCGUCGGCGACGUCGGCGGUGACGUCCGCAAAGCAACGGCUACUACACGCCGAGGUGAACAACUUCCUCCAGUUUCACACGCAACAGCAGACCCAGCAACGGCCGGGCGUGAUCGUAGUGAAGCACUCGUGAUCUAGCAACGCACCGCGGCCUGCGCAUUGAGCGGGAUGCAACACGGAACGACGUACUCGCCACCUCCGCUCGACAGCAGCAGCAUCAUCAUCUUCGAUAUCAUCAUCAUCAUUAUCGCGGCGGUUCAUUCGGAAAUGAGGCAUCCUUUUCACUCACUCACUAGCGAUCCAAGAAAUGAAGAGAGAGCGCCCGCGGAAACGUGAAAGACGACAGCGGUCGUCACUAUCGCGAUGGCGAUCGCGCGAUCUCCUGUGCGUGCGAGUACGCUGGAAAACGGAGGAGGCACUCUCUCUCCGUUCCCGUCGAUCUUCGAUCCCCAAACGGACCCCCUUUGUCCGAUACGAUGAGCCCCGGACUCUGUGUCGCGAAAGGUACGAAAUUGGUUCUUUUUGUGUCCUUUCUUCGUUUUUUCUUCUUUCUUUCUUCUUUUUUUUUUUUUUUUUAUUUUAACGUAUGUUCCUACUCUGCGCGCUUCUUAGAAAGAAGUGACCGCGCGUCACGUCCCUCGCGAAGCAAAAACAGAGCAGUUCGGUUAUAAUGAACGCGCGCACGCGUUCACUCGUUGACAGCCGUACCGAGGACAAUAUCAUAUGCCAUUGAUUGGGAUUUUUGUCGGGACGAAGCGAUAUUCAAAGAUCGCGGAUACACAAACUUUAUUUUGGGCGAAGUCAGAGCCGAGUCGAAGCCCGACGGAAGGAUCCUCGUCACCGAAUCGUCGAAACGUCGUUCUCUCCCACACAUUCGCUCUCAUGUAAAUACCGAACGAUUCCUCCUCCCAAGAUCGUUUCCGAUGAUCGCCACGAGAUCGCUUGAAUCUCGAAGGGUUCCCCCCCUUAACCUCCCCCGAGGAGAGUCACCCUUUUUCACGAGAUAGAAAGAAAGAGAGGACAAGUAGAUAGGAAGAAAGAGAGGGAGAAUCUAGAUGAAUCGUGAAGUGGGCGUUUCUCCUCCCGUUAGUAAUAUAAGACCUUUUUAGACUUAAGCAAAUAACUACCACGAUAAUAUUCCUAGCGUGAUAAGGCUGCGUACGCUCUGUAUGAUAUACAUAUAUAUAUAUGCAUAUAUAUAGGUAUACAUAUAUAUAUUACAUAUAUAUUAUUACAUAAAGAGUAUACAUAAAUAUUUACGUUCUUUUUUUACAUUGUUACGGAAACGAAGAAAAAAAAAUAUGACGCGAAAGGAAAAAUAUUAAGAUAUUACAAUGACGCAUAUAUGUUCUUUCGAUACACUUACGGGGUUACCACUGGACAGAGCGUAAGCAAUUAUAUAAAGAAAGCGGACUCUAUAUUGAGCAACAACAUAUAAGAACAGCAGCGAUAGCGACAAGAUUGAAUCAAAAUACACAACUGCGCGCGAUGCUUAAUAUUUGACACAUAUUAAGGCAACACCGCGGGGCGGCGGGUCGGAUCACAAAAAUCGACGGUCGUUCGAUCGUUUCGACGCGUCGCCUCUCGCGCGUGUCUGCGUGAGAGAAAUUCCCUUCUUCUGUGUUCUCGUCGUAUCGUCGAGCGAGCGCGAAGAGACGCGUCGCGAGUUGAAGAAGAAAACAAGAAAUUCCGUUUAAUCUGUGCCAAAUAUAUCCCAGAGUACCCAGACUUUUGUUCCUUCGUAGACGUAGUGCGUAAGCGAGCACGACGCCGGUCGGUACAUCCGGUAGACCGAGUCCUGAGAAAACAAAAAGUAUAGAAAAAAAGGAAGGCGUUCUGCGAUCGCUCGUUUCCUCCAUCUACUCGUCAAUGCGCUAUAACGGCCGGGACGUGUAACGCCUCUCCGGUACGACAGAGGCCUCUCCUGACCGUCAUUCCCGUCGCCGAUCUUCCUCGGAUCUGAACCGAGUGCACGAAAUCGCGAGGACUUUGAUGAGAUAGAGAAAGAGAGAGAAACCGAAACGAACGGCGGUAACCUUUCCGUGUGAGUUUUCGCGACCACUUUUUCAUCUUAUAAAACCCUGCCGAGUUUUUUUCUACGCGAUAUGUGCGGAUUUCUUAGCUUUGCGGAUACGAGGCAAAAGAGGCUUUGGAAUUAAACAAUUUCUCGUGCCUUUCGAGGAGAGGAGCGAUCGAGUACGCGGAGAGUCGAACGAUCGAUCGACCGGCGGUAAGAGGGGAAGAACCGGUGUACGUUUGUUAUCUUCUUUUCUCUCUAGUUUUUCUUUUUCUUUUCAUUUCUUUCGUUUACGCGUCUUCGAUGUACGUUUUAUGUUACUUCUCUUCGUCGAUUGUACAAGCGCGUUAUCGCUCGCGAACAUAUGCAUAUAGGUAUAUUCGAUAGACCAAUGUAACAAUUAACUACAUCAGUACGGAUCCUUUUUCGCCCGUAAUUUUACAAUUAUUACUACUAUUAAUGCUAGUACUUUCUUUUCUACUUGAUGAGACGUCGAGAUCGAUGUAGCGAAAGCGAGAACGUAGGUUUAAGGGUUUAGCGCAUAGAUACGCCUACGAGAAAUUAAUUUUUAAGAUAAUCCUUAAGUGUAUAAGUAAGGUUAGCGAGCGAGAGCGAAGUAAGAAGACAGGAACUAUGUUUAAGGACUUUUAGUUAACUUUAGUUAACUACUCCUAUAUAUAUAUAUAUAUAUAUAUAUAUAUAUAU